GAACUAAAAACCGCAAAUGCCUUCAAGACCUGCCAUAAUCUCAAGAUUCUCAAACUUGAGAAUAUGUUUGCUGAGGUUAAUGUGUUCAACACAGUUAUUGCAUCGUGUCCCUCUCUCAAGGUGCUAGUGCUUCGUCUCAUGUGGUACAAUGCAAGGGCUUGCUUGAAGAUUCAUAACAAUAAUCUAAAGCUCUUGCAUGUGGCCUCCUAUUAUGUUCAUAGCAUUGAAGUGUCUGCACCUCUUUUAGAUAUUUUCUCCAUGGACUACCUUUUUGAUGGGGAAUAUAACAUCAUCAUCAAGUCCUCAAGACUUUUUUUUACUAAAAACUAUGGGGCUAUUGACGCGGAGAGAGUACCAACCCUGAAUUACAACAUUUCAUAUAAUGCUCGGGAUAUGGAAAAUCUUGGGCAUCACUUCUUGGUAGGUAGAGAUGCUACCUAUUUCUGGCGGAUUAAAUCUUUGGCGGUGGCCGUGGAUGUAAUGAACACGAAAGAACUUGAAAUGUUCAGGCAAGUUUUAGUUGCAUGGAAUGGAAUAAUGAAAAGGCUUGAUAUAUUCUUUAAGCAUAACUAUGUGUAUACGGAAGAAGGUGAAUCUUCAAUUCGUGGAACACAAAAGAAAAAGUGGGAGGAGGAAAACUUGUUUCCCAAUGCCAAAUUCCGAGUGGAAGCUGUGUGGAUGUUUAAUUUCAGUGGUUUGGAUAAGAAUCAGUUUGAAUUUGCUUCGCGUUUUAUAACGCAAGGGACCGUAAUGAAGAAGAUGAUGAUCAAGACGUAUUCUGAACCUACCAAUAAGUUUUAUAUAGAAGCGGCCGUUGCCAAACUCAUGGAACUUCCAAAGGGUAACGAGAACCUUACUAUUGGAUACUUCUGAUGAAAUUUGGUUCGAAUCUCAUCCUAAAUAAUAUCUCUAGUCCUAUAUGUGACAAAACCUGUAGUGAAAAAGACAAAUUAAAUGUUGUUUUCUUCU